AGAAGAAUCUGAACUUCGGUGCCUGACAGAAGGAGUGGAGACGAGCGACCCCUAACGCCCAACCGCAGCUGCACUUUCCCAAGUGAGCACCUUACCCGGCAGGACAAAGGCGACGUCUGACAUAACCCGGAAAUCUCUUACCUAGCUGAAUGGUUUUCCUAGAGCGGAAGUCGGAAUUCCUUUCUGCGCAUGUCUACUUCUGCUCUCUGCUUCUCGGAUGCGGAUUCUGUGGACGCUGCCUCACUCGGUUCCGGAAAAGAGAAUUCUGGGGAAGGGGAUGCGCGACCCGGGAGGAGGAGGAAGACCGCCACCUUGCUAUUCUCGCCAUGGAGGUGGAAGAGGCCUUCUCUCUGGUGGGCCAGAUGGGCCCCUUCCAGGUGUGGCUUUGCGUCUUGCUGGCCGCGCUGCUCCAGCUCUAUGUAGCCAGUGAAGCGGUCCUCAUUGCACUAGUAGGAGCAAUACCACCUUAUCACUGGGAUCUUGAAGGAAUACUAGCUAAUCAUAGCCAUAGUAAUGACACAACUAUUGAAGAAAACAACUUUAGAAAGUGGCUUCUAACAGCCAAUUGGAGUGACCUUCAUAAAUACGUACAUUUUAACAGCAAUUUUACUUCAAUAGCCUCUGAGGUAUGAAGCAUAAUAAUUUCUGUGGAAAGGCUGAAUAUUAUAACUUUAGUAUUAGAACCUGGAAGUCAUAAGCACCAAUGUUAAGCUUUUGGACAAAAUAAAAACAAAAACAGUAAUAUGAACCUUGUUUCAGAGGCAACUAAAAUGUCUCAUAGUAGUGACUGAGUUGUUGAUAGAAACUUAGUGAAGGGUGGAAGAAAGACCAUCUGAAAAAGCCUUUAUUUUCCAGUAAUCAUCAUCACCAGUGAGGAGAGGAAAAUCCUUAGCCAUACAUUGUCUAAGCCAAAAAGAACUUUUCCUAUUGUCUUCACUGUCCCUUCUGGAGAGUUUCAGUUGUCAUGUUCAGGAACCUCUUGCCUUCCUUGAUGCAUUUCAAUGUAGCAAUUGUUUUCUCAAAUCCCUUUGUUUUCUCCUCCAAUAAAAAAUCAACAUUCAUUUGCACCAAAUGCUGUUUGCGUGUUCCUCAGGCAAGAAGACCAAUGUCAUACACAUUUUGACAGUCAUGAUGUUUUCCUAAUUCAUGUUACUUGGACCCUUCCUUGCUGUCUUUUAUAAGCACACUUCCAUGCAGAUCUUUCCUGUUUGCAUUCUAUAGUUAUGAGCUCCCAAAAGUUGCCUCUCUGGCCAGAUAACAGCUGUCAGGAACGUUCUCUUGCAAAUGUAGAAUCUCCAGCAUAUCCUAUGUCUGCUGCAAGUGAAAAUGGGAAGCCCCCAGCUACUGCCUCUCCACAGCCUGCUCUGCCCACCACUGCCAUCCUCGGCCUUUUUGGCCUGGAGCUCAGCGCAGCAGCAGCAGCAGGAGAUAUGAAAGUGGGAUGCCCCCAACCACCAGUCUGCGCUCUCUUGCUCACUCACCCAUCCACAGCAAGUUGUCCCCAUGGCAAGUUAGCUGUGUGGAAUUGUCCUGUGCUGUCUUGGCAGCGAUCUGGUGGUGGUGAACUGGCCGCAUGGCUUUUAAUUGGCAAUACUUCAUAUAAGAUCAGUGUUGCCAGUUCAUGUUUCUUUGGUGGUGUGUUUGUUGGAGUAAUUACUUUUGGACAACUAUCAGAUCAUUUUGGGAGGAAAAAAGUCUUUCUCAUAGGUUUUGGCCUUGACAUUCUAUUUGCUGUUGCUAAUGGAUUUUCUCCUACGUAUGAGUUUUUUGCAGUCUCUCGUUUCUUGGUAGGAGUAAUGAAUGGUGGAAUGUCACUGGUUGCUUUUGUCCUGUUGAAUGAAUGUUUGGGAACUGCUUUUUGGGCAUUGGCAGGAUCACUCGGUUGCCUCUUCUUUGCUGUGGGAAUUGCACAAUAUGCUUUGUUAGGAUAUCUCAUUCGCUCCUGGAGAUUAUUAGCAGUGGUGGUUAACCUGGAGGGAGCUCUAGUCUUUCUCCUUUGUCUAUUCAUUCCUGAAUCACCUCGUUGGUUAUAUUCACAAGGUCGACUCCAUGAAGCUGAAGAUUCUCUCUACCUCAUUGCAAAGAGAAACUACAAGCCCAAGUGCACUUUUUCACUUAAACUUCCAACUGCAUGGAUCUGUAAGCAGUCUUGUAGUAUUAUGGAUCUGUUCCGAUAUAAGAUCCUUUUGGGACGUACUCUGGUCAUGCUAUUCAUCUGGUUUGUAUGCAGCUUGGUUUAUUAUGGUCUUACUCUCAACGUGGGUGAUCUGGGUGGCAGUAUCUAUGUUAAUUUGGCUCUUUCUGGUCUAAUAGAGAUUCCUGCAUAUCCACUCUGUGUCUAUAUGAUAAGCCAGAAAUGGUUUGGCCGCAAACGGACACUUGCUGCAUUUUUGUUUCUAGGGGGACUGGCCUCUCUUCUUGUCAUGUUCCUUCCACAACAGAAAGCUGCAGGAGUGUUUGUGAUUGUGAACAGCCGUUCUUUGUCUUUACUUGGAAAACUGACUAUCAGUUCAGCCUUUAACAUUGUAUAUAUCUACACAUCAGAACUCUAUCCUACCGUUAUCAGGAAUGUUGGAAUGGGAACCUGUUCUAUGUUUUCUCGAGUUGGUGGAAUUAUUGCUCCUUUUGUCCCAUCUCUGAAAGUUAUAUAUUGGUGUCUGCCAUACAUUGUGUUUGGAGUGGCAAGUGUAUUAUCUGGUCUUCUGAGUCUCUUACUGCCAGAAACCCUAAACAGCCCACUGUUGGAGACAUUAUCUGAUAUACCGGUUUGCUCAUAUCGAAGGCUUGAGGGUGAAGCCAUGUCACUGAAGAUCUUAGAAGAUUCACAGUCUGAUCAAGAUUCAUCCAGGACUGAAAGUGACAAUGAAGAAUUCUAUGAUGCCAGUGAAGAGACUCAGAUGAUCAAGUGAGGGAUCCCUGUCUAAUAUUAUGCUCUCUUUAUGGAGAAAAAGCUGGGUAAAUCUUACUUAAAUGGCAGAUGCAAUUGUGACAGUAGCAAUGUGAUACUGUGCUUUUUUAAAAAAUAUAUAAUUCAGUUAUCAUAUUGUGAUAGAAGACUACGGCCACCAGGAGGCUCCCUUGACACAUGGAGCUGACUGAUUUAGGACAGUAAGAAAUAUGCAAGUGAACUCUUAGUUUUGAAUGACAAUCCAUCUGUUAUGUAGCCAAAUCUUCAGUAUAUAUUUGAAUUUUCUUUGCACUUUGUUUUUGUUAAGUGAAUUUCAUGUUUGUUGCCCUUUGGUUUUAUUUUACUGUACUGAAAAUUUGACCAUGGAAAGCUAUUAUUAGCUAUUGAAUAGAAAAAAAUGGUUUCAGAUAUUCAAGAUGUUACAGUGAAAUCUAAUGCUGUAUAUAAUAUAGAAUUGGUAAUAAAUGUUCAGGUUUUAUAGUGUGUGGUAAUGUUGCAAAGAAGAGAAGUUUGUAAAUUGAAAUGAUUGAUGUUAAAAGGGAACCAAACAUGAUCUAUGACAUUUUUCAGAUAUACUUUUAAUUAUUGCCAAAGAUCCUCCUUGAUUUUUUUCAACCUAUUGUAUUUCCACAUCUGGCACUUUUGUAUUUGUGUAAUAUCAGAGGACUAUAGAAAUCUUUAUGAGAAUAUAGUGGAAUAUAUCCUUGAAAUCAAUGAUUUAUGUAGAAACUUUACCUCAGUUUACAUACUUUAUGAAAUAUACUUGAUGGUACCAUUAACUUCGUAAA